AACGUCCAUUUCAACACAUUUGGUACUUCAAUUAUGUUACCUGCUAUCGGUGACAUAGUUAAAGAUCUUCACACUGAUGAAACAAUGGUCAACGUUUCAGUUGGAGUGUAUUCAUUAUCUUUAGGGAUCUUCCCUAUUUGGUGGAGUAGCUUUCUGGAACGUUAUGGACGUCGUACAGUUUAUUUGGUUAGUUUUACCUUAUUCUUUGCCUUCAGCGUGGGCGCAGCAUUCGCUCCAAAUAUAUCAAUAUUAAUUGGACUCAGAGUACUUCAAGAUGGCUGUUCCGCUUCUGUACAAGCAGUUGGUGCUGGAACAGUUAGUGAUUUAUUCGUACAACAAGAAAUGGGUAAAGCAAUGGGUUUAUAUUAUUUAGGACCUCUUCUUGGUCCAUUUUCCGCACCUAUCAUUGGAGGGGUUGUUGGUGAAGUUUGGGGUUGGAGAGCUACUCAAUGGUCUUUGGCUAUUGUUUCAGGUGUCAAUGUUAUGAGUAUUUUGUUAUUACUACCUGAAACUCUUAGGAAGCCACAAGCUUUGUUGAAGGAAAAGCAUAAAGGAUAA